AAACAUGUGGAAAAGCUUCAUGAUGUUAAAACGUAUCCGUUUAUGUGAUGGAGUUUUUUUUCUUCAAAAGUGUGUAUUUUAUUUUGAUACGCUCUGUAGUCGAAUGGCAUUGGUCACGGUCAUCAUACACGGAGGCAUAACCACAGGCAGGUCGACGGUGAACGUGUUAAUACACGUGUGACAAUGCAUCAAUGAUCCGUUUCGUUUAUAAUUAUACUAUAUGUUGUUAACUUAAAAGCGAUAUAGAAAAUAUUGUUGGAUUGUAGGUGCAUUGCAUUUGAUCACUGUCUCAAUGCAUCAGAUUAGCUCCGGUCUUCUUAAAAUAUCAAAUAAGUAUGGAGAGGAAGAAUGGUAGGCUCAUAAUAGCAUUUUGCUUAGCAGCACUCAUCAUAAUAUGUUUGUCGGUAGAGAGUAGUAACUCCACCUGGCUCCUGAAAUCCCUUUUCAGGUUAUCAGAAGUCCAUGGGUCGAGAUCUCCGAUGUAUGGAAAUGCAAGUGGUCAUUCGGAAAAGAGAUUAUCUUGUUACCGUCGGGUACAGGUGUGGGCGGGCAAAAGUAGCACCGGGACUCCGAAAAAUAUAGAAUGCCCAGGUCUUGACUGUGGACUUAGUUAUACCUUUGACAGAAGUUAUGAGACUAUGGCGAAAAGUGAUGCAAUCGUGUUCUUUCAUGGAUCGAGCUGGAAUUGGACGGAGAUACAGAAAAGACGACCACUGAACCAGGCUUGGGUGUUUUAUUCUUUAGAAAGUCCUCGGUAUACGUCCAAACAUGCAGCGCCACCAGCCAAACUUGAUCAUUUAUACAACUACACGAUGUCAUAUAGGCCAACGGCAUCGAUUCCUAGUCCGUAUGGACUCUACAAUAAGACUCUUCCACAAAUAUCAUCAGGUGAAAGUCGAAAUUGGGCGAAGGAGAAAAGUGCCUUGGUGGCAUGGAUGGCAUCCAACUGCGGAAGGACAACCUGGCGCCGCCACGACUUUGUGAAAACGCUCGCGAAGCACGUAAGCGUCGACAUGUAUGGUCGUUGCGGAAGCAUGACUUGCGAUAGAUUUUCUAAAGAAUGCAGGAACAAAAUCAAGAAUCACAAGUUUUAUCUAUCUCUCGAGAGCAGCGAAUGCCGGGACUACAUCACCGAGAAGUUCUGGUCUAACGCUCUCUUGAAUGACGUCGUGCCCAUCGUGUAUGGUCCGCCGCGGGUAGAUUAUGAGCGCGUAGCGCCACCAAACUCGUUCAUACAUUUACAAGAUUUCAAAAGCUUCCAGGAAUUGGUCGAUUUUAUUCAUCUUUUAGAUUCAAAUGAUGCCCUAUACAAUUCUUACUUUGAGUGGAAAAAACAUGGAUCGGUAAAAAUACUUGGUGAGGCAGUUGUUCUGUAUCCACCAUAUAUGUGUAAACUUGUCUCGAAGUUAUUGGAUGAUGAAGACAAGCUGCGAAAAUUUCACCAGGAAGCAGUUCACCCUUCUGUUCGUAAUGACAUAUUAAGUUCUUGCUUUGAAGCAACUGGAUUUCCACAUGAUUUCUAAAGUGUAUAUGUAGGGCUGUUGUGGCUCAGUGGAUAAGUCACCGGAUCGACUUUGAACCAAGAGGUCCAGGGUUCAAAUCCCAUCGCAACACUCGCGUACCUUUGGCAAGGUGUUUAUCUACAUUUGCCACUCAUCACCCAGGGAAUGGGUACCCGGUAGGAAUUCCUUGAAUGCUCGUGCACCGAUCAGGGUGGCCAUGCUAAGCCGGGAUAAUAGUAUGCAGCAACAAUUGUAUUAUUAUUAUGUA